AUGAAGACACGCGAAACUAUUGCAGAACAACGUAGGCACACUCACAUGCAGCAGCAGCAGCAGCAGCAACAGCAGCAGCAGCAGCAGCAGCAACAGCAGCAACAGCAGAAGCAGCAGCAGCAGCAACAGCAGCAGCAGCAGCAGCAGCAGCACCACCACCACCACCACCACCACCACCAGCAACAGUAG